UCAUUCUCGGCUGUGUUAACCACCGCCUGUUUGUGUGUGUGUGGGGGUGUGUGUGUGUACCCGUCCCUGGCAGUGUCUUGACACUUCUGCUGUUUGCUCCACCUCCAUCGCCUUGAGUUGGAGUCGCAGCUGAGCCGCGGUGAGGCACUUUCUGAGGAAGAAGCAGACAGGAGGCGGACUGCGUUUGGUGUGGAGAAACCGAGAAGACGUUUGACGAUGGCAGAGAAUAAGAUGGGCCCGAACCUGCAGGCUGGAGCCGGAUUCCUCGCCAAACGGGUCCAGAAGUCUUUGAACCGAGCCCAGGAGAAGGUUCUUCAAAAACUGGGCAAAACCAUGGAGACCAAGGAUGAACAGUUUGAACUAUGUUUCCAGAGCCUCAACAAACAACAGAUCGAUGGAAACAGGUUGUUUAAAGAUGUCAAAGCCUACCAUGCAGCAGUGAAAGCCGUGCAUGAGACGUCCAAGCGGCUGUCCCAGACGUUGCGCGAGAUCUACGAAUCAGACUGGGAUGGAGUGGAGGACCUUGCUGUCAUUACAGGGAGUGAGGACUUGCUGUGGAACGACUACGAGGAGAAACUAAGUGACCAGAUUGUCCGCACCAUGGAGAACUAUACAAGCCAGUUCCCUGAGGUCAAGGAACGAGUAGCUAAACGCGGCCGCAAGCUGGUGGACUACGAUUCAGCACGACACCACCUGGAAGCUCUACAAAGUGCCAAGAAAAAGGAUGAAGCCAAAAUAGCAAAGGCAGAGGAAGAGUUCAACAAAGCCCAGAAUGUCUUCGAAGAAAUAAAUAAGGAGCUGAGGGAGGAGCUGCCUGUUCUCUAUCAGAGCCGAAUAGGUUGCUAUGUGACGGUCUUCCAGAACAUAUCAAACCUGAGAGAUGUCUUCUAUAAGGAAAUGAGCGUGCUGAACCAUGAACUGUACAAUGUGAUGAAGAAGCUGGAGACUCAACACUCAGGAAAAGCUUUCAUCAUCAAAGGUCUGAACAGCACGUCAAGCAAGUCCAAGAAGAGAAAGUCCAUAGUUAUCUCCAACCCCAUCCCUUGCAAUACAGCUUUCCCAGCUGACCAUGUCUCCAUCCAUUCCUCCACUGAAAACGGAAAGGACAUCCUCCCUUCUUCCCCUACCCAACCCACUCAAAGCAUUUCUGAAGACACCACCCUCCCGGAAGAGAGUGGCGCCUCAUCCAAAGAGGUCAACUCGUCAGACUCCGAUCUCAGCUCCAGCGGCACCAACACACCCAAGAGGCAGUCAGUAUGUGACAACGAGAGUGGCGACAGGAGCGCAGGCAGUCAAAGUCCAGAGGAGGCGACGGCGACGGCGGAGGCUGUGGCAGAGGCGGAGGCAGAACUUGCUACAAACCAGUCGGACGACUCCGGGGUGGGAGUACCAAAGUCAGAGGCUCCCAGUCAGGAAGUGUCUAAUCCGUCUGAUUCUGCAGAUAGUGAUGCCCCACAGAGCCCAGAGCAGGGCAAUGUGAGUGAUCCACCAUCAGAGGAGGCCAAGCCCAAACCUGCACCGGUUCCCGCCCCUCGCGUCUCCUUCCGCUCCAAAGAUAGACACCCACUCUUAAGGGCUGAGGAGCAGGAGGAGGCAGAGGAAGCGUCAGUCAACCAGGAGACAGCUGACUCACAAGAUGACUCCAGUCCCUACAAUCCACCAGGCUUCCUUUACAAGGGGGUGGCGUUGGAGAGCCACGCAACAUCUGAAGACGGCCUGCUUCAGUUUGAUGAGGGAGACGUCAUCCUGGUGCUCGCUGACACUCAAGAGCAGGAAGGCCUGCUGAAGGGGAUCAGGGAGGAGAGCUGGAACCGGCACAGGGACCUAGAAAAUCACUCUGGGAUCUUCUUGGAAAAGUUCAUCCAGCCUGUUCAGUCAGAGUGAGGCAAUAGUCACUCCUUAAUCAGUGAUACUUUCUCCUUCCAUCAAGCAGUUGAUGACUCUCUCUCUCUCUCUCUCUCACACACACACACACACACACACACACACACACACACAGAGGGAGUGAACCCAUGUGUUUUGGGUGCAGAAGCUGUACAAACAGAUGACGUGACAAACAGGCAGACACGUGGGCACUCACAUGCUCCGAUGUUGCAACUUGUGGAACAAGCAAGAACAUUUUAGAUCUUUUUGUGAAGAUGUUUGAAUUUUGAAAUGUUACAGUAUUUUGCUCUAUUUGUAUCUUCUUUAUUUGUCUUUAUGUGAAACACUGUGAAACCAAAUUUUUUUUUAUACUGAUGAUGUGAGCUUGUGUAAAAUUUCCUAAUAAAGAUGUAAAUAAAAGAGA